CACACACACACAGUAGUGGAGAUAAAUGAGUGCACAGGAAGUGCAUGUUAUUUUACAGAGCCAAGUACGCAGAGUAGUAUGCAAGAUCUAUUUUUCAACAUCAGAGCAAAUUUACAAUGCGCAACCUUUUUAUUGUUCUUCUUUUCAUUUCAUAUGUUGGCAGUCAGGAACCCAUGAAGUUAAGUCUUCAAACUGGAGCAACGGUCACCAUCCCAUGUGGUUAUGAUAGGGCAUAUAUACAUCAUAAGAAAUACUGGUGUUCUGGUUCUUUAUCAUUCAGUUCCUGCUCAAUUCAGGCUUAUGCCAAUAAUACAAAGGGGAAAGUGACAGUGACUGAUAACCCAGCUGAGAGUUUCUUUACUGUGACUCUGGAUCAUCUCCAGACAAAAGACACUGGAUGGUACUGGUGUGGUGUAGAGAUAGUCAGAGGUUCAGAUGUCAGUGAAGCUCUUUACAUCACAGUGAAAUCAGAUCCUGAUCUGUCGGUGAGGGAGAGCAGAGUGAGAGGUGAGGAAGGAGGCAGCGUCACAAUCCAGUGUCUCUACAGUGCAGAGUAUCAAAAUACACAGAAGCAGUGGUGCAGCUUCAAAGACAGGCAGUGCUGGAUAUUUAUGGAGACUAAAACAGAUCAGAAUUCAGCAGUGCAGCUCAGUGAUGAUGGGAGAAAUUCCUUCAGUGUGAAGAUGAACAGACUGAAGAAGAGUGAUACUGGAUGGUACUGGUGCAGUGCAGGAGAUCUGCAGGUUCCUGUUUACAUCAGUGUCAGUGUUGUUGCUCCAGCAACAACAGAUUCUUCAGUUUCCAAACAAUACACUUGUGUUGAUGCAGGUGAGGAUAACAAUAAACGAGAUACGCAGAUGAGAUGGGGUUUCAGUAUAUCAGAGGCAUAUGUUGGCAGACAGUCAUCGAUGAAGUUCAGUCUUCAAACUGAAUCAACGGUCACCAUCCCGUGUGGUUAUGAUAGGGCAUAUAUACACCAUAAGAAAUACUGGUGUUCUAAUUCUUUUUCAUUCCAAUCCUGCUCAAUUCAGGCUUAUGCCAAUAAUACAAAUGGGAAAGUGACAGUGACUGAUAACCCAGCUGAGAGUUUCUUUACUGUGACUCUGGAUCAUCUCCAGACAAAAGACACUGGAUGGUACUGGUGUGGUGUAGAGAUAGACGGAGGUUCAGAUGUCAGUGAAGCUCUUCAAAUCACAGUGAUAUCAGAUCCUGAUCUGUCAGUGAAUGAGACCAGAGUGAGAGGUGUGAAAGGAGGCAGCGUCACAGUCCAGUGUCUCUACAGUGCUGCGUAUCAGAAUACACAGAAGCAGUGGUGCAGAUUCAAAGAUGGACAAUGCUACACAAUGAGGACUGAAACAUCCCAGAAUUCAGCAGUGUACACCAGUGAUGAUGGGAGAAGAUCCUUCAGUGUGAGGAUGAGUGGACUGAAGAAGAGUGAUGUUGGAUGGUACUGGUGCAGGGCAGGAGAUCUGCAGGUUCCUGUUCACAUUGCAGUUAAUAACUUAACAGCAACAACAGAUUCUUCAGUUUCCAAAGAACACAUAUAUCCAGAGAUGUUCUGCGUUGCAUAAAAGUGAAGGAUGUGAACCUUGCUGGCAUGGAGAAGUUAUUAAACUGGAACAUUUCCUUUGUUUUCGUAACUGAUAUGAGAUAUUAUGAGCUACAUAGGCUUCAUCUGCAAUGGACCAUAUACAGUAAAUAUACUUAUAGUAACUUGUGUAUUUUAUUUUAUAAGUUACUGUUUAUACUACUGUACUAAUAUAAUCACAGGUCAUCAUUUGUAGAUAAAUAUUUACAGAAUUGGCAGAUUAUACUGAAUUAUAAUAUAUUGAUUAUAAUAAACUUGAUGUUAUUCUUCAACA